UCCGGGGCGAUGUUGACGCUGGAGUGAAGAUGGCGGCGGGAGGGAGCGGCGGCGGCGGCGGCGGCGGUUCCGGCUUCCUCUGCCGGCUCCUCCUGGCCCUCCUGGCCGGGCUGCUCUCGGGGGGCCCCGCGCAGGCCCGGCUCCACCAUCUCACCCUCAAGGAUGACCUGCGUCAGAAAGUGCACCUCAACACAUUUGGCUUCUUCCAGGAUGGAUUCAUGAAGGUCACAGUCAGCAACCUCUCGGUCAAAUCCCUGGGAGAGAGCGACAAAGACAUUCAGGUGGGCUUCAGCCUAGAUCGAACCCAGAAUGAUGGAUUUCCCACUUACCUGAAUGAAAAAGUGGAUUAUUGCGUCUUGAAUCAAAAGCCAAACCACGAAGUCUUGGUCAUCAUUUUGCUCCUGGAUUUCUCCAAGAAGCUGGUCAAAGUGAAGUUUGAAAACAAAGCUCCACAGUUGCCUGAAAUUGUCUUCGGCGAAUCCCAAGCAACGGGUCCUCCAGGACUUUCAGAGAAGUCCGAACCAAAGCAGCCGCCUAAGGACAACACGACGGAAGUCCAGGCGCCUGCUGAGCGAACGCACCCAAUGCAAAGCGGGAACAAUAGUUUUUCAUUCCAGUUCACCAUCAAUUCAAAGGAACAAGAAGGACUUUACAGUCUUUAUUUCCACAAGUGCACCCUGGGGAAUGUGCGGACUGAAGAUGCUUCCUUCAGCCUGGAUAUCGCGAUCACGGAACAGAAUCCAAACAGCUACCUCUCCGCUGGAGAAAUCCCACUUCCCAAGCUGUACAUUUCCAUGGCGUUUUUCUUCUUUCUGGCUGGGGUCGUGUGGAUCCACACCCUCCGGAAGCUCAGGGCUGAUGUUUUUAAGAUCCAUUGGCUGAUGGCUUUGCUUCCUUUCACCAAGUCCCUUUCUCUAGUCUUCCACGCGAUCGAUUACCACUAUAUCUCCACGCAGGGCUACCCCAUCGAGGGCUGGGCUGUCGUCUAUUAUAUCACACACCUGUUAAAAGGCGCCCUGCUGUUCAUCACCAUUGCUCUCAUCGGUACGGGCUGGGCUUUUAUUAAGCACAUCCUCUCCGAUAAGGACAAGAAGAUAUUCAUGAUCGUCAUCCCGCUGCAGGUCUUGGCAAACGUGGCCUUUAUCAUCAUGGAAUCCACCGAGGAAGGCACGACAGAAUACGGGCUGUGGCAAGAGAUCUUGUUCUUGGUAGAUCUCCUCUGCUGCGGGGCCAUCCUGUUCCCCGUCGUAUGGUUGAUCCGACACUUACAGGAAGCUUCUGCCACUGAUGGGAAAGCAGCUGCCAUUAACUUAGCAAAAUUGAAGCUCUUCAGGCACUAUUACGUCAUGAUCGUGUGUUACAUUUACUUCACCCGCAUCAUCGCCAUCCUCAUCAAGAUUGCGGUUCCAUUCCAGUGGAAGUGGCUUUACCAGCUGCUGCACGAAAUGGCAACCUUGAUCUUCUUUGUCCUGACCGGCUACAAGUUCAGGCCAGCCUCCGACAACCCUUACCUGCAGCUCUCUCAGGAAGACGACAGUCUCGACAUGGAGUCUGUGGUAACCACCUCGGGUGUCAUGGAGGGCAUGAAGAAAGUCAAGAAAACGGCGGCCAAUGGCUCAGCAGAGCCCCACGGCGAGAGAGAAAGCGCCGCGUGAUGGACUUGGCCUCCUCCUCUCCUUUCCUCCUUGACACACACACCGCCUGUCUUCUCCCUCCCCCCCUCCCUCCCUCCCUCCCUCUCCCCCCUUUUAGAACGAGGCAGCACUUUUUUCCCAGAGACCUGUAAUUUAUUGAUCCUUGCCUUCCCUCCCUCCAUGGCACAGGAGCAAAAAAACCGACCUUCCCAGUGUAAAAAGAAACACACACACACACACACACACACACAGACGUUGGGCUUGGGCGGUGGUGGGUGGAUAAAGGAUAAAAAUGCAGCCAGGAAAAGAGAAUCCGAAAGGCGAUUUUUGUUCCUCUUGUCUUUUCUUCUGGUGCCUAAGCGGAAGGGUGGAAGGACGGAGGAUGGUGGCGGCUUGCUUUCUUUCUUCCUUUUUAAAGAAAAGUCUUUUUCCUCCUCUCUUUCCUUCUCCCUCCUCCUUCCUCCCUCC